CGAUUCAUUGCAACUAAUUUCAAUGUGUCUCCAUUGUUUAUUCAUCUUGUUUCUCCCCCAUUUCACGAUCUAUGCUCAAUGUCUCUGCUAUGUUCGAUUUCAAUUGAACUCACUGUUGGAAAUGCCGCUGUAGUAAGCUGUGGUUAGUCAUAGAUGGCACUCUCGGCUUCACGAGCAAUGUCAAAGGGUGUGGUGGUAUCGGUUCCUGUUUUGGUUCUGUCUGCAUUAGUGGCUACGGUUUUCCUGUUCUUCCUUUUGUCCUCCCUUUCAUCCUGCUCCUGCCCUACUACAGACAUCUCUCCUUCCAUUGCUAGGAGUGUUGGUAUUGGUGUUUCCGAGUCUGGCAGUGGUGAUGUUCCAUCAUUACCAAUGAAGGAGUCUGGCAGUAGUAUUGCUCCGUUGUCAACAAGGAAAGAGGAUGUUGAGUGGGUGAAGGAUCAAAUCCAAGCAAAUGGGCUUCAUAUGCAUGACAAUGUGCUUCGCAAGGGUAUUAACCCUCGCACAAGGGCUCAGCAACUUGAGGAUCUGAGACAAUUUAAGGGCAUAUCUCACUAUGAGAAACCUGAAUCAGAUAAUCACACUGCCUUCCCAUGCCCUGGGGAACUGCUAGUGGAAGAGCACCAUAGCAACUAUGGGGAACCUUGGGCUGGGGGAAGAGAUGUAUUUGAGUUCCUUGCACAAGCCACUCAACUCAGACCAGACUCAUCGGUGCUAGAGAUAGGCUGUGGCACUCUUCGAGUUGGUUUGCAUUUCAUUCGAUACUUAAAUUCUGAACAUUUCCAUUGUCUUGAAAGAGACGAGCUGUCUCUGAUGGCAGCAUUUAUGUAUGAGCUUCCUGCCCAUGGCCUUCUACACAAACGGCCUUUGAUAGUUAAGGGGGAAGACAUGGAUUUCAGCAAGUUUGGUUCUGGCACAGUUUAUGAUUUGAUUUAUGCUAGUGCUGUAUUCCUUCAUAUGCCUGAUAAACUUGUGUGGACUGGACUGGAAAGAUUAGCAUCUAAAUUGAAACCAUAUGAUGGAAGAAUUUUUGUAUCGCAUAAUAUAAAGUUCUGCUCACGGUUGGGAGGAGAGGAAUGCACGAAGAGGCUAGCAAGUUUGGGGCUCGAGUAUCUUGGGAAGCAAACUCAUGACAGUUUGUUAUUCAACCAUUAUGAGAUAUGGUUUGAGUUUAGACGGUCAAAGGCAUAAUGUAUGUGUUUCUGUUAUAUAGAAGCGUGAGAAACAUCUCUAAAUGGCUUCAUGACACUAAAUGUGUGUUGCUCAUCUGACAAAUCUUCAGCAACAAAAUGAUAUCCUUGCUUUGAAUCUUAAGAGGUGGCAUUUUUUCAACUCGGUUCAUCUCGUGCAGAAAUCUGUGAUACACUUUUGACUCUUCAAAACAGAUGAACCCUAUGUAAUUUGAUCGAGGACUCUAUAAAGGCAGGAAGAUUUGUAUUAUUUUUUGGGGUCCUUUUGUAGUAGGGCACCUUGAACUUUACAUUUUCUCAUUGUUUCUAUAUAGGUUCUGAUAUGAUGGUUGUAUUUAGCAGUCUUGUUAUCUGGCAACUGAUUGCUGUUUUGACAAUAAUUACACUAGAUGGUCUCUAACACCUGUAAUGAUGAUGUGACUGUGGAAUACAUGUACUUUUAGAAUUA